GCCGCUGAGGAGCUUUAGCUGUGAGGCGGCUAAUACCGCACUUUAUCAGCAUUUCAGCUUUAAACAGUUACAUUGUUCCAUAUUAACGGACAGAUUAACAUUCACUCCUGAACGUUUUUUUUACUUGAACCUAUCCAAGUACUUAUAUUUUCUUUUUCUCUUCUUUCAAGGCCGUGGAUGUGUUAGCUAACCGGCUAACAUAUUAGCCUUGUCAGUUAGAAAUGGCGGAGAUUGAGCUCGCGCGUGAGGAGCUGGUAGAGAAAUUGUCAUUUAUUGAGACUUAUAACACCGAGGAAAUACAAAAAGAAGCCGACUGCAGUGCGAUGGCGCCCUCUGUCGGUGAAGAAGCGAACUGCAUGGAGGCGCAGCUUGCUUCUUGUCCAUUUUCCACUGAUCUGAAAUUAAUGGAUAAUAAAUUAUACCCCAUAGAAGAACAACUUCAGUAUCUUCUCCGCAAGGCAGACGAGUUUCAGAACCGCCUCGUCUACAGCGAAGAUAAUGCCCAGAAUGAGGGUUUCACUCGUGUGGUGCCAACAUUCCUGAAGACAUGUCAGCCAUAUUUCAACUACUUGGAGUCUACCGCCCGCAACACUUCACCUGGCCAAUCUCCACUGCCCCUGUACAUACGCACCCGGCUGUUGCAGUUCUCUCAGCAACUGUGCAGUCGGCUGGAGCAGCUGGUAUUAACAUAUGCUUCUUACGGUUACCUUUCUCUGGCUGAGACUGACCCGAUGUGUGUCUCUCAUUUCUACAUUGGCCAAUGUCAGGUGGAUAACAUCAAGCUGUCAAUCUUCCGUUACUGUCAACCUACCCCCUUCCUGGCCUUGACCAGUAACAGACUGUACAAACGCAUGCGCUGGAACGUGGAGCGAAAGUUCGGGACAGAGGAAGGAGUAGAAGAGGAAAAGAAUGACAACAGGACAGAAGUGACACAAAAGAUGGAAGGAGAACAGGAGACAAAGAAAGAGAGAGGGAUGGAAGGCUACAGUACAGAGUAUUACUUCCUCUGCUAUGAGGACGUCCACUUAGUGGAGGGAGAGGCACUGAGAGAACAGACAGAUAGAAGGCCAGGGGAGGAAGCAGUAUUGAGGAUGUGGUCUGUAGGCAAGUGGGUACGGAUAUAUCCAGACCCAGACACUGAAGACAUCAAUGACUGGGUAUUGUGCACGAUUCCUCAGGGUCAGUACAAGCCGCUGGUGUAUCUGGGGGAGGAGGAGCCAUCGUCCUGCAUUGCCACAGACUGUCUGCUGGGGCUGCUGCUGUCUCAGGCUGAUCAGAGCAUCACACACCCCAUCACUUAAGACCGACACAGCAAGAAGAGGAUGCCAGCCAACCAGGAGUGACAACAUCAUUCUUACAAGUUCAGUAAGAAUCCAUUUUCGUUUUGCUGGACUUUCAUUUGUUUUUAAACUCAAGUGUUCACAUUUGUUUUAUAUCUUCUAUUGUAUGUUUUCGUAUAGUAUUUUGAGACAGUGUUUUAUACAUUACACUUGCCACUGCUGAAAAGACAACAGACGCCAUUUUACCAUCUA